CACACAGAACAAAAGUGGAAUAUUUUUGUCCUGCUGAUUUGAUGAAGAGGAGGGUAAGUAGAAGAGGGUGUAAAGAUUUCAGGACCUGAGGUAAGUGUUUAAGGAAUUAAUCUUUGGGGGAGGUUUCAUGGCCUAAAAAAGAGGUGUGAGGUUCAUUCAUUACAGCUUAUGUGAGAUUUUUCUGCAGGCUUGUUGUAAGUUCGUACGUUGCACCUUUUACAAAUGCUCUGCAAGAACCUGACAGUGCUGCAAACUUAUACUUUGAAUAGGUUGUUUUGCAAGGUAUCUGUUCGCAUUUGUAAAGACUGAUGAGGCAAAAUGCAACUAUUUUAUCUGCAGGUUUACGUCGCUUGUGAUAUUAGAUCAGAUAAAAAAUGUUUAUUGGCUCCUGAGGUGCAAAAGUACAUUCAGUUUUGUGCAACUGGAUGCAACAUUAAAAUAAAGACAGCAACCUUUAAAGCACUCAAGUAUGGAUAAAAUAUUAGAAAAAAAUAUAUAAUAUAUUAUAUAUAUAUAAUAUAUAUAAGUUCUGUAAACAUGGACGACAAACAAGUGGAGAAAAAAGUGGGAAAAAAAAACAAAAUACAACUAGGGCCCCGUUGGGGCACUGGCGGGCCCGAGCCGUGUCGCGCCCCCCCCCCCAACGCGCUGCCUCCCCGUCCCAUUCGCGUCCUCUGGCCAUCGCCCUCUCUGGUAACGCCCAUCACUACAAAGACCCUUUUCCUUCAUCGGCGUUUGCUGUUCUUCCUGCCAGUGCGUGUUGCUUUCACUUACACUUGCCACAGCCAGCCUCGUGAGUGCCUAGCCUAUUGGAUAUCACUGUCACCUACACAGGACAGUCAUUACCUUUCUAUUAAUACUUUGUUUUUUAAUUUCACAUUAAUUUCCAUAUUGUAUAAACGACUGGAAAAAACUUGAGCCCCUGCCCCUGUAUAAUCAUGUACACGUCCCUGUUCUAGCUCCAAGGUGAAUCUUCACUGCUCAUGUUCUCCUCAGAAGCAGUCACCUCACUCCCCUCAGGUUACUGUACACAUGCACCAACUGCCUGCUUCAGGUUUGGAUGGAGCUUCAUGGUUGUCUUUUGGAGAAAUGAGCAGUCAAGUUGUGUUUGAAAUUUGAUUUUUUUUCAGGGGCAAAAGGAAGCCUCUGCAUUCUUGUCAAAUAUGUAAAUAGCAUGUUUUUGCAGGUGCUAAAAACCAGACUCUGAGUGUGCGUGUGUGUGUGUGUCUGUGUGUGUGUGUGUGUGUGUGUGUGUGUGUGUGCGUUCAAGUCACAUGACAUAUUUAACCGGAUGUAGCUGCAAGACGGUGUGUGUGUGCGUGUGUGUGUGUGUCUGUGUGUGUGUGUGUGUGUGUGUGUGUGUGUGUGCGUUCAAGUCACAUGACAUAUUUAACCGGAUGUAGCUGCAAGACGGAGCCUCGUUGACUCUCCGUUUCAACUUAUCUCAAAAGUGAGGACCUCAACCUAUAUACCAGUUUUUAAAUUGUGUUGAUAGGCCAAAUAAAACCAGAGUUAUGAUAAAUUAUGUCCGCGAUACUUGUUUUCUGCUUAUUUUGAUCACGUUCGGCGCUCGAUCGCGCUGUAUGAGACAGGAAAACAUAGCAUGCAGACAUUAGCGACAGGUCUUACAGGCGGAAAAGGCUUGCCAAAGGAAAAGAAAAAAACACACCACAACAUCUCUCCUAUUGGUGGAAAACUUCACCACAACAACCAAUCCAAAAUUAUAUGGUGACUGAUUGACAAGGGGCGGGCGCUUACGUUCUUCCUGCAAUAUGAGAAGGGAGGGAGGGACUCUCAGCAGGGAUGCAGUCUGGGACACGUAGUUGCAAACCUAGCGACUUUGUUGUUAGAUUCAAUGACUUUUCAGACCCCCUAACGACUUUUUUUUUAGAAAGAAAGUGACUUUUAUCGACUUCUGGAGUUUAGAGACUCUGACAUGAAGCAGGCUUUCCUUACUGAGGAGUUAGCAACGCUGCUAAGGGUGCAGAGCCACACAUGCGCUCCGAGCUCUGCAUGGGAGACUGAAGCUGACAGAGCUGCAGCAGUUAGCAGGUUUCACCCUCAGAGACCACCAGGGGUUCAUGUUGAGGCAUUUUCAGUUUUUUUUUUUUUUUUUUUGCCACAGACACUGUCAGCACAAUCUGCAGUUACACUAACAAAAAUGCUGCAAAAAACAAAGAAUUAUGGAAAAAUUACACAUGGACUAACAUAGAGGAGGAUCUACACAAGUUUUUUACAUCAUGUUUUACAUCAUGCAUCAUUUACAUCAUGUUUUUUUGUAGUGGCAUAAAUAAAAAGUGACAUUUGUGAGACUAUACAGUGUUUUGUAAAUAAUUUUACAAAGAACGCCUGGGCCAUUGCCUGCAUUUUGAUGUCAAUAGAGGUAAAUUACUAUGUUCUUUGUUAAAAAUUUGCAUAUGUUUUGAAGUUUACAAUUUUUAUUUGAAGUUUAAGUUUUAAAAACAGUUCAUCACACAUAUUUGUGGUUUUCACAGUAAAAACGUUACUUUUUUCCACUCGGAUUUUAUGUUUUGUGUGUGAAUUUGGGUCCAAUGUGUAAAUAUAGUAUGUCAAAAUGAUAAAAUAACUGUAAAUUGACACAGGUGAGGUUGUGCUGAAAAAAAUGAUACCAGGCAAGGCAAGGUAAAAAUUUUGUAAGAGGAAAUAUAAAGGUAAAAUCUAAAGUAGUCAAAAACGGCCAAUAGUGACUCACAGACUCCACAGACAAGUCCCUUUGGCGCCACUCAGUGGGCAAAACUACUUUGUCUACUGUAAUGUAUAUUUGGGUCAUCUUUGGCGCCCCCUAAAACGUAAACCGUGGGGUGCAGCGUCAUGAUUUUUACAACUUUGAAUGGCCAUGGAGUGUAGAUUGGCCUGAGCAAAUUUGGUGUCAGUGGGACGAAAGCCUUAGGAGGAGUUAGCGAAAUUCCAAUGUGUGCGAAUCGGCAAAAAAUGCAAAAUAGCCCUUUUACCGUACAUUAUACAGAUACGCGCUCUUUGACUUUUUCGUAGAUCUAAUUGAGAUACACAUGAUUGUCAAUUUUUGUGUCAUUUUGCCAAAGCGUACAGGCGUGACAGUCAACAAUGUGUAUUUUCACCUUAGGGGACAAGAAAAAAUGGACUUUUUCUCCUGCCAUGGGGGGCGCUCUUUUAGGGAGUAAAAAUUCCUUCACAAAUGUGUUGAUGGCUGGACAUUGCAUCAUCCUAGAAAACUUGGAGGCCAGUGAGGACAAAAAUAAAAAGUUAUAAGACUUUUAAAAAUGUGGAUUUUUGGGUUAUCUUUGGCGCCCCCUAGAACGUAAACCGUGGGAUGCAGCGUCAUGAUUUGAAUAACUUUUAAUGGCCAUGGGGUGUAAUUUGGCCUGAGCAAAUGUGGUGCCGGUGGAACGAAAGCCUUCGGAGGAGUUAGCGAAAUUCCAAUGUGUGCGAAUCGGCAAAAAAUGCGGAAUAACCCUUUAACCGUACAUUAGACAGAUACGCGCGCAUUGACUUUUUUGUAGAUCUUAUUGAGAUACAUGUGUGUGUCAAUUUUUGUGUCAUUUUGACAAAGCGUACAGGCGUGACACUCAACAAUGUGUAUUUUCACCUUAGGGGACAAGAAAAAAUGGACUUUUUUCUCCUGCCAUGGGGGGCGCUCUUUUGGGGAGUAAAAAUUCCUUCACAAAUGUGUUGAUGGCUGGACAUUGCAUCAUCCUAGAAAACUUGGAGGCCAGUGAGGGCAAAAAUAAAAAGUUAUAAGACUUUUAAAAAUGUGGAUUUUAGGGUUAUCUUUGGCGCCCCCUAGAACCUAAACCGUGGGGUGCAGCGUCAUGAUUUGAAUAACUUUUAAUGGCCAUGGGGUGUAGAUUGGCCUGAGCAAAUGUGGUGCCGGUGGAACGAAAGCCUUCGGAGGAGUUAGCGAAAUUCCAAUGUGUGCGGAUCGGCAAAAAAUGCAAAAUAACCCUUUAACCGUACAUUUGACAGAUACGCCCGCACUGACUUUUUUGUAGAUCUUAUUGAGAUACAUGUGUGUGUCAAUUUUUGUGUCAUUUUGACAAAGCGUACAGGCGUGACAGUCAAUAGUGUGAAUUUUCACCUUAGGGGGCGCUAUGGAGCCAUUUUGCAUUUUCUUGUUUGGGCGACUUCGGAAUAUCAAAUUUUUCACCAGGCCCGGUCGUCCUGCCAAAUUUCCUGAGUUUUCGCCAGUGGGAAGUGGGCCAUUUUCCAGUUCAAAGGGGAGGAAAAAGAAAAAAGAAACAAAGAAAAACCACUUGGGGAAUAAUAGGGCUCUCGCAGCUGCUUAGCAGCUACGCUCGGGCCCUAAAAAUGUGGUGCGUCACUGUGAAGACAAUCAUUUGCCUCUUUAUGGAACAAUUAGGCUGUUGGUAUUUGGAAAAAGACGACUCAGGGUUUUCAUGCCUAUUUCUCUGAACAUGUUUGAUUUGAUUUUUGUUCAGCUGAUGAGAGCCUGAGUCAUGAAGGGGAAAUUCAGCAAGGAUUAAUACCCUGCAAUAGAGUUUUUGGGUUUAAAGAGUGUAACACACAGGGCAGUUGAUUUAUAUAACCACUAACAGGCUACAGAAGGGUGUCCGAGAAAUUUGAGGAACAUUUGGCAGAAGGAUCUAGGACGAGGAAUGGCUCGAAGAACUACCACACUUUCGGAAAUACAUAAAUGAUUUUUUUUCUUUUUCACCUUCACAGAAUGAGUUUGUUACCAGAUAGUCUGAGCUGGAAAUGUCAGACAGAAACAGGAACAACUUUAUACACAAUUUUGGUGUGCAGACUAGUUUACUAAAUUGGAGAAAAGGUGUGAUGUCUAUUCUGGUUUGGUUUUGCAUUUUCUCUGUUUGAUUCCAGUUUUAUUUCUUGACUGUCUCCAGAUUGUAGCGCCUCCUGUUAUAUCUUACUCCUUGUAUGUUAUUUCUCAUUCUACCUCCAUCCCUUGUAUAUUGUGCUCAUGUUAGAAUACCCUCAUUUGUUUCACCUGUGUCUCCUGUUCACACCUGCUGGUCGUUGUUGUGAGUAUAUUCAGUUUCUCUAAUUUCUCCCUCUGGCUCAGUCGAGGCUGAACUAAUGGGUUUUCAAAUUAACAGAGCACAUGUACAAAGUGCAAAUGAACACUGCCAGGGAAGACACAGGAGAAGAUGUGACAAAGAGACCCAGAAGAGACCAAGCCAAGGAACUAAACACCCGAUAAAAGAAAACAAAAGAAAAUAUAAAACACAGAAAUACAGAAGGAGGGGAGAAGAUUGAGCCACGUGAACUGUCUUCCCUUUUUAAAACCAUAUUCGAUUUACUGCUGAUUUGGUGACUGGCUAAAGGUUGUCCGAGGUGGUGGACUAAUGAGAUCGCCUGUUGUUAAUCCCAUAUCUUAUCAGCUGACACACACUUUUUAUACUCUUCAUUAUGUCUAUAUUUGAUUAGAUGAAAACACAAUGUACUGAAUAUCUGUCAUUAUGAUAAAUAGCACAGAGGUUAAUGAACACCGACAUCAGAGAUUAUUAUACCAAACAGAUGGAAAGUUGAAUUGAAAUGUACUGUUCAGUCUCUACAUAGAAAUCCAGUUUUAAAAAGUUAAAAUAUGACUUUGAAGCUCCUGUGAGGAACCUUUGAUUUGUGUGGAUUUUGGUGCCCCCUGUGGACAAAUAUGACCUCUGUUGCUCCCUUUAUGAAACCUAUCCUUCUGCAGUGGUUUCAAGCAUCAAUAAUGACCAAAUAGUAACAGCUUUAAUACAAAUGACCUUAAUGUUAUUUAUGGAUGUAUAAAGGCAUUAAAUUAAGUUUUGCAAACUCCUCAGGGGAACUUUAAAGUUACAUAAACCAUUGUUCCAUAUUCACUCUCAACAGUCUGAGCAGCAUAUGCAGCGUGCAAGGAUUAAAGCUUGUUAUAUGUUGGUUUAGUUUGGCAAGUUUCUCACCAAGCUGCUAAAACUUUGAGACUGAAGAUAGAUGAAAUAAAGUUUUAAUGAUCCUUGACUACAUAUGUAGCACAACAGGGGAUAUAAAAUAGCAAAAAGCAAUUGAAAAAAUGAAAUUUAGGGCAGUCUGACACUUUAAUAAUCACAACAUGAAGCCUACCCAUAAUCCUACUCAGAAUGCAUUAUGUAUGAGAAUAAUCAAUAUUAUGAUAAUCUCACAAAUGAUACAGCCAAAUGGCUCCACAAUCUAGGUUAUUUCUGUAUUAGUCAAUAAAUGCGUGUAUGUCUUAUGCUCUGAGUUACAUAUGACACAGAACUUUUUAAAAUUAGAUAACUUCAUGAAAUGAUUAACUUAUCCAGAAAAGUAUGUGAAACUAUUUUUAUUCACUCAGUUAAUAUUUUCCUAAUUAGAUCAAAAAGGUUACCUAAUACCUGGUUUCUCUUUAACCCUACUUUGUCAAACAAACAUGGUCAUGUCAGGCUCUUAACAACUAAAAGGACAAAAUAUUAAACUUGAGGUGUCAAAAAAGUCAUAAAAAUGACUAUUUUAACUUGUAUUUAAGCUCAGAGGGGUAUGGUUUUGCAGGAACCCUGAGUGUUGAUUUUGGCUCCCCCUUAAAUCUUCAAAGGGGUAGUAUCAUACUUUCCACAUUUACAACAAAAAACAGAAAAGCUCAGUUUUGGUUUCACUGACAGACCACAAUAGAGGAGGCGAUGUCAAAACAACAAGCUCUGUCCUUGGCAGGCUUCCAGAAAGCCUCCUUAAAGGUGGCCAAUCAGGAGAAAGUAGGCUUGUGGAGGGGGCGGGGCUUAAAGAGACUGUAUCUAGAACAAAUUAUUUCAGACAGAAGCUAAAAUAAUUAUAUUUCACUGUUUUUUUCAAGUGCUUAAGCACGACUUUGAAUAGAGGGCUUGGUUUUUUAAAACACUAAACACAAUUAGCAGAACACCUCAGAUCCUUUGCAAAAUGAAACAUUCUUGUAAAAACUCUACUUUAUAAAAAUAUUUUGUUACCAGAUGAAAACACACAUUUUGUAUGACUUAAUUGUAUUUGAACCAGUUACACAUUGCUGUGCUUAAUUUAAAACACUUUGAGCAAUUCUACUUCUCAGUGAUUUGAGAAAUGUAAGUGAAGUACACAGAGAAAGUCCAAAUAUACAAUACAGAAAAUUCACCAAAUGCAUAACAAGACCAAUGCUGCAGAAUGAUGAACAUAUAAUUUAUUUCUCUAUAUAUACCUAAAUCAGUCAAAUGUUCAACAAAAGAUGUCCAUGCUACAACAGUAGUGUGCAUAACACUAAAAAAGACAAGAUUACACACACAAACAAAAAAUAAAAAAAUAUGGGGGGAAAAAACUGACAAAAAAGAAAAGAAAAUCCAGCAGGGGAAAUUUUGGGGAUUAUUUCUUUGCCAAGCUGGAUCAAGCCAGAGAAUUUCAACGACAUCACAUGUGUUAUCUUCAUUAGCAAGACAAGGAGGGAAGAACAGCUGUGCAUGUCCAAUUCAUCUUUGAAUAGCUAUAGCGUCAAUUUGGUCACAGGCCUCCUCCAUGGCCUGGAUUAGGGGCACCUGCCUUUUUGUAGUGCUUGAACCUGAUGGUGUGUCUACAAUUAAGCAAUCAUGUAUUGGUGCUGUGUUGUGUUUAAUCAAUUGACUAAUGAGUGUGGUCAUUUGAAAGUCAGUGCUUUGGAAUUUGCAAGGAAGUGACAUCAUGGUAUGCAUCUGUAUCUAAUGUAUACAAGCGUGUUUAGUGUUUUGUAAUUCACUGUGUGCAGUGGUUUGCAAAAAGUGUGAAGCUGACAUUGUGCUUAUGGUUGUGCUAAACCGGGCCCCCGUUUGCUCCUUGAGUGUAAGAUUUUAAUAAUUGUGUUAGACUUUUGAUUUUAGUGUUUAUGCAGUCCAAAAAACUGUAAUUCACCAGGGUGAGAAAAAUUAGGCUUUUUUAUGUAAAGCUAUUGAGAGGGAUCAGAAAUACCCCCUCUUUAAAUUUGUUCUGUUCCUUAGGACUUCUGAAUCUGUUCAAGUCAUGACCCCAGUGGUGAUACUUAGAUGCUAAAACCAUGAUUUAACUCACUAUCAGUCUGAAACAGCACUACAACAAAGAAAGUAUAUGGUGCAGGUGAUUACAUAUUUAGAAAAUAACCAAAAUUAGGUUAUCUCAUCAUUAAUUUGUCAUGUUUUUCCCUUCACAACCAGCCAGUGACCCUCAGAAAUAAAUCGUCUUACAACCAGAAUCGCUGCUGUACACGUAAAUUCUGAAGAGUACCUGGCAUUAAAACAUCCUCAUUGAAAUUGUCAGUCGUAUCCUUGACAGUCUAGUUUGCUCUUGUAGGCCAUAAUCAGGCUUCACUGUUAAUUUGAAUCUGCUCUACAACCUGUCAAACAUUCCUCACAGGCGCUUCAACAAUAAAUUAAUCAACUCCCCAGGUGCUCUCUGUGUUAAACUUGGUGUCUCCCUGCAUUACUGUGCAAUAUAAUAAGCUCAAAAACUCCCCUUUCAGCAACACAGACACGACCUCUCACAACAAACUCUCACGGUGCUGACAGAUAAUGCAGCCAUGUCAGCACAUCAGAAGCUGCUCUGUAAGCAGGAUCUAAUUUUGGCUCAUUAGCUCAGGCACUCUGAUUGAGCUCUGAAAGGCCAGGUCAGGUUUCAGCGACGUGAUGAAUUUUCUAUGAACGUUCAAUUAGGUCAGAGUCCAAGAAAUGUCAACCUUUUUCUGCGUUUGGGCCUUCUUAGGUUGCUCAAAUAGAAUUCCAAAAAGCAGAGGUGGGGUUGGGAAAAUGUCUUGAGCAGAAGUUUAUUUUAAACAAAAAUUAAGCAGGCAGUGAAGGCAGGGAUCCGGCUGGUUGGAGCAAACAUACUUCCAAGCUGCAGCAGUAUCUGCAAACCCGAGAUCCUGGGAAGAGAAGAAACACAAAUGAGCCAAAAGAAUUUACAAGGUUCAAAAAUUUCUCACAAACACUAGCUCUACCAUACAAGAUGGAAUUACCUUUAAAUGCAGCUUGAUUGACAGAGUGACCCCAGGUGUGCCUAAUCAGCUGCUGCAGCAGAGUCAGCGGCAGUUUUCGUAUUGGCCUACUGCAUACUUCUGCUGAGUACUGUGUUCAAUAGUAGUAUGCAGUAUGACUGCAAGUCCGCCAUUAUUAUGUAGUAUGCUUGGCCUGGUUUAGCUGGAUUCCGGUGUGAAAAAUUACAUCAUACCCUGGUAAACUGCAACACUACAGUGUUAUCAUUCAUUUACUCACUGAAAACCCUCUGAUAUGUGUUUUAAUUUGAUUUUUUUCAGGAUUUUUAGCCCAAUACCAGCCAUCAAAACGUGUUCUGUAUAUGCAAUGACAGAACAAUUACUCGAUCUGGCGGCAGUUGAUUCCAUCACGGCACUGUAAAUACAGCAAAGUUAUGUCAGUUACGUUGUCCUUGUUUCCUGUUUAAAUGAAAGAAGUUGCAAUCCUCGCUAAUCGUGUUAUCUGAUGGCGUCUGCGUGGUGUGGUCUUAUUUCCCUUUGUUCCGAUAGUUUGACCACUACAGUGAAAAUCCUCUAACGCAAACUCCUGUCUCCUGUCAAUUUAUUUCAAACACCAUCUUGGCUGCUGAUUGAGUAAGACUGAUUUAACAUUUACUCACCUUUCUGCAUUAAAGCUUUAGACCCCCUCCAAUGCCAGAUGUCUGUCUAGCUGUGUGAUGUAAACGCCGCUGAUGCCAUGCGCUGUGUGUGGUUAACAUCGCGCAUACCAUGCAGUAUAAAGGAUGAGGAGAAGCAGGAAAAUUUGAGGCGAUGGAAAUAGAGGAUAAAAACUGCACAGUAUGAUAACAAAACAUGGCAUUCUUGUCAGUGGUUUUCACACAUAAUGCUGAAAGAAGGAGGAGAAGACAGGCUGUCCUCUUAGAAAAUGAAUACAGUGAUAGUACCCCACUUAUAAGAUGUUUCAAGGGUUAGCUGGGGUUUAAGUUGGGAAGCAAAAGUAAGCUUAUGAUCAAGUAUACAGAUAUUUACUUUCAGUAAAUCAAAUAAACAACACUCUGUGACAAAUAUGUUUAAUAAGUUUAUUUCAUAACUAACUUGAUCUUUGUACAAAAAACACACAACAUACAAAAAAUCAUGGCUGUAGAAAGGACAUGGAGGUGUGAAUUUGAAUCUGUACUGAAAGGCCAGUACCACCUCAUAUCAGGUGGUGUCAGAAGCUUCUGAUGUUCCCAUUACCACCAUUCACAAUGUGGUACAUCAGACAGCUGGCUUACUAGUUGUGUAGUUGUUUUUAGCUUAGCAGGUAAAGUACAGUGACAGGACACACUUAACAGCACGUUUUUGGCAGUUACAAGCCGUAGUGGCAAGACAACAACAGUGACCUCACUACAACACAUUUUGCAAUAAUACAAGGUAAAAAGGUAAAGAUAAUAGGUUACAGCACUUAUAUUUGUAAUCCUCUGCGGCUCGGGUGAAAGUUUCGCCACUCUCCGCCAUUCCACCAUCUGUCCAGGCACUUUGCAUUGUGGGUAACAGUAGGCGAAGUAGACUGGUCCGAUGCAUACUGUGAAAUUUUCCCGAAUUGGUACGUCAUCUGGGUAUUUUUGGCAUACUGCAUUUCUUCACCGACUACAUACUGCAUACUAAAUUUUGGGCAAAUCAGUACGCCCUGCUAGGAUCGUUGGCAAAUUGGAAAAUGGCUAGCCUCUCCCUGCCUCACACAAAAGCUGCAGACAAGAAAAACAGAGGUGGGGGGGGUGGGGGUGGGCUAACAAUACAACACUGAAUCAUCACUCCUUUUGCAGAAUAAUUGGUGUGAAUUCACAUUAUUUUACUUGAGGAUCAAAGUCUCUCUUUCUUACCUAACGCUUGCAUUAAGGACAGUUCACUUCAGCCUGAAAACCAUAUUCAGUAUAUGCAUUAAGAGCCCUGUUGUGCAGCAGGCAGAGCUUGAAUUACAAACAAAAGUAAUAUAGCGACUCUCCAUCCUCUUUCAGACACUCUUCUCUGUUUUUAUCUUCUUUUCGUCCCUUCACUAGUGAAUAUUAGGAUAUGAAAGAGAGUAGAAAGUUUGCAUAAUCCCGCUAAUGUGCUCUCAAUACCCAUCGAGCUCUAUAGUUACAGUGUUGAUAUCAGCACUGUUACUUCCCGGAUCUAACGUAAACAAAACCUGCUCAAAGUAGUGGUGCUUUGUCAGGCUAACUCAUUGAAUCCUUAAAUGAGUUUUGUUUGCAAUUUCAUACAGGUGUAUGGCUUGUAUGUGUCUUCGAAGAGGAGUGGUUUAACAUAGACUAAAAAAAAAUAAAAUUUCUUUCUUUCAACUUAAAGUAUGAGUGUCGCAGGCCUGAGGAGAAUAUGACAGGGAGUCAAGGGCACAUGCAUUUUACAUGUAUUUCAAAUUAACUUGUUUUUUUGCCAGAAGGCAGAAAAUCAUUGACCAUCAGAGUAUCAAAAGCAUCAAAAUGUCCAUUAAAUUAAUUAACUUUGGAGCCAAGAGUAAGAAUAGCCUAAGGUACUGCUGCAAUCCGCCAUCCAGACUCUUCAAGAAGUUGUAGUAUUGCAAGUCAGCUGAUCAGCUUUUUUCACAUCCCUGCAAUCACAGCAAACCUUUUCAACUUCUUAGCAAAUCUGAUCAAUGAUCUUAUUUCUCUGAGGGUUUCCACAUGAAGCUGCAUCAUCUGACUCACUUCUCUAUAAUCAAAAUAUCAAUUCCCCUCAGGUCCGCAAUCUUCGGUUAAUUUCCAAAGGCUCAUUUGCUGCAAGAGAACAAUUCACUUUGUUUAAAACUAGAGGAAUUGCUUCUUUUGAAAGAGCAUGACCCAGCCUCACAUGCAGUCUUUAAACUAUCAUUAACAAUAAUGAUAAAAAAUCUCAGACUAAGCAUCUGAUAAUUUUUCCACAUCAAAAAUGUUACACAACAAGCUUAGCCAAGUCCUAGUAUGUAAAGUGUUAUUGUCACAUGAUAACUCACAAGAAUAAAUGAGAUUUACAGUCAGCCUGCAUGAUUCACAUGCAAGUAUAGUGCACUUGCCUGCAGAGACACCACAAAAGCGUGCAUGCUAAUGUGUUGUCUCUGCAGGCACUUUUUCAGCAUGCACUGCAACAUCUCUCUGCUAAUCAUUGUGAGAAGAAAACGCCACUUGAGUGCAUGGAAAAAUCCCUGUGGAUACAGCACAAGUGGUAUCCCUUUAUAUCACCGGCUCUAUCUUAUAAGGCUACUUUUCAACAACAAGAGGGUCUGUUCGCCAAAGUGCAAAAUUACUUAUACAGCAAUUAACCUUUGUUUCUUUGGAUACUGUAUAUACACAUUUUGUUAAGCAGCUUAAAACCAAAAUGUCUGCAAGUGAUGCUUCAAGUUCAAUGAUGGAGCUUUUGUACUUGUCUCUCGAAGUUGGUAUUUGUUAAAUCUCACAAUAACAGGAAAAAAAAAAUCUGAAAUUCCCAAUUAGUUGCAGCUCUUCAAAAUCAGCUGUGAAAUCAGGUAUUCUGAGUUGCAUCAGCCACAGAAAAGGCUCACAAAAAACCUGAUGGAAUGUCAAUCCAUCAUUUAAUAACCUGAGUAUCACAUAAAAAGGUUAAAAAAGUAUUGAUAAUACAUAAAAAGUAUUGAUAUUAUCCUCUUACUGCCUGAUAACUUUCAAUAGAUUUAUGAAAAUGAGUUUUUAUAAAGUUUUAUAUAAAUGAAAUAAAUGUUUACAGUCUGAAGGUUAGACUUCACUUUAUUCCCCUUACGUAAACUCUGAGUUUAUCAAAGACACUGUGAACUCUGUAUGUCUGUGAAACUUUGAAUACUAGCUGUAAGAAUAUGCCAUAUUCUUUUCUGUUGAGAUCAGCAUCCUUAACCCUAACAGUUUCACCGUGAAAUUAAUGAGUACACCUGAGCGAAGGCUUCAGGGAACAAAUCUGUGGGUUCUACUAUGUGGCAGUGAGAAAACAUGAGUCAAACAUGGUCUGACAUUUAUGUUGUGAAUAAAGCUGUGGUCUUUUACAUUUUUGACUCAUGGCAGAGCUCAGGAUGUCAAAGUAAACAGAGUUAUCCUCUCACAACCUCUCUUAGGACAUGUCCAUGUAAAGGCACAUCAUCCUUCGGCACUAACAGCUUAUCCUCAUUUCACAAUAAAAGCUGAACUGAGCCCUUUUGUGAUUUUCAGCUCCCACCUUCCCCAGAGAGAUGCGCUUAUGUUUCUCUGAAUUAGAUCUAAAGCCAAGUAGGUUUUAUAUACAGAGAUUAUACUUCUGUGUUUUUGGAGGGAUUAGACAAAAAAUAAAAUAAAAAAAAUAAAAAAAUAACCUCUGAAAGAAAAAUAGAAUCAGGAAAAGAUGAAAAAUAUAUGCCAAGAGAAGAAAUUGGGAAUAAACAACUAAAUUUGCUGUCUUUUAGUGGGGAAAAAAAUGUAAUCAUUUUAAUUUGUAUUAUCCAUUGACACUUUAUUUAAAGUCAACUAUUAUUAAUUUUUUUCCAGGUCCAUCUCAAAACAUAUACAGAAUAGGAUCUGCAGAACAUAGCAGCACCUGUAUGAGGUCCUCUCCCCUUUUGUGUUUGCUUUCCUUAAUUUGUUUGCUGUCUCUUAUUGAGACCUGUGUCCCUGUGUUUGUUUUCUUCAAUUUGUUGCUCCCUUUUACAGACUUGCAUCCAUUCCUGGUUAUUUUCUUGAAUUUGUGUGAUGUCCAUUACUGAAGACUCAUGUCCUUUUGUGUUUGUUUUCUUCAAUUUGUUCGAUGUACAUUAAAAAGACUUGUUACUUAUUUGUAAAGCUGUCAAAGCCCAUACCAUUUUUUGAUCUGUGGUUUCAUCAUGUUUAUUGUCUCCAGUUUGUUUGUUGUCUCUUACUGAAGACUCACGUCCCUUCAUAUUUCCUUUUAAGAGUUUGUUUGGUAUCCCUAGUUGCAGACUUUUGUCCCUUUGUUUUGUUUUUAUUCAAUUCAUUGGAUGCCUGUUAUUAAUCACCCAUGAUGUCCCUUCAUGUUUGUUGUCUUUAAUUUGUUAAAUGUUGAUUUUUAAAGACAUGUGUUACUUAUUUGUUAAGCUGUCAAAGCCCAUAUCAUGUUUUGGUUUAUGGUUCUGUCAUGUUUGUUGUCUAGAGUUUGUUUGUUGUCCCUCAUUAAACACUCUUGUCCCUUUGUGUUUGUUUUCUUCAAUUUGUUGGAUGUCCCUCAUUGUAGACUUUGAGGCAGAGAGGUUUGUUGCUAAAACUUUAUCGACAAUAUUAAACCAGUCAGAAAGUCGAUGGAAAGACACACAACAGCUUGAAUUUAUGUUGAUCAUUGACUCUAGCUAUACAGGUGGAUGAGUGAACGAAAUGACGGAUGAACGAAUGAAUGGUGCCAGAGAGUUGAUGCUUUAUAAGCUUUUUGCAAAGACCACAGUCUUCAAAGGUCAAAAGAAAAUAAGUGCACAAAAACUGUCUUUCUUUUUGCUUUUUUGUGCUUUUUUAAAUUUCUCCAUAAGUAAACAGGUAUUGUCCUCCACUGGGUCCUCCCUGUUACAUUAUAGCAGGUCAUUUGACAGUGUCAUGUUUGCACCUUCAAUUAUAGCAGCUCUCAUUCUCUCACCCCCUGUGACUCCUAGAACAAGCCAGUUGUCUAUCAGUGCACAAAAUAAUACCACAGUGACUCGCUGCUCUGCUCUCUGCUGCAGAUAUUGUGUGAGGAGGGGAUCAUGUAAGGUCGCCUCUCCAUGAGGCCUGUUACCACUGUGGAUCCUUUUUUAUUCUGGAGUCGUCACAAAAAGAGAGACUGUGCUUUUUCACUUCCACUACAUGAAGAAAAAUUUACUGGUAGAAAAAUCCCUCUCAAGGCUGGUCUUAUCUUAAGCUAUAGAUCAUGCAGUGGUCUGCUACAUUGCUCAUGGAAACAGUCAUAUCUCUAAGUUAAAGCUUCUGUCAGUGGAAAUAUCCCACCUUGAUUUCUCUCAUAAAACUUACAGUGACUCCAGAAGAAAAAAAAAAUAGUGUUGACUGACGCCUCACCUGAACUCCAACCCACCAGCAAGUACAGGGUUAAAAAAAGAAAGAUCAGACUCUAUUGAUCUUCUCACUUUCUUUUCUAGCUCAGAAAUUGACAAUAGAAUUCAUUUCAGUCUGAUUCAACACUACCCAUAACCUCCUGAAUUGAGCUUUUAUGUGCAAGCUAUGUCAUCAUCUCUAUUAAGUCAAACUAAUGUGAAAGUGUCAGUGACACGUUCAUCUUCAGCUUUAUCCACCUGAAGCCUCGAACCUUUGCGAGUGGGCAAGUGCCAGCCAAGCAGCUACAAAAAUGGCACUGAUUUUCAAGAUGUAGGCCUACAAUAAAUUAUAUAUUUGACUGUCAAAAAUCAGCAGGAUGAGAUGCUGUAUUAGCAUUUAAAGAACACAAUGGGCUCUAUUUUUGUGUCCUCCGGUGAGGCAGACCCUGCGCAGUUGGAUUUUCGUCUGGCGGAGCCCGGCGUACAGCCAGUUUGGUAUUUUCGUGGACUGAGGCGCACCGAGGUCCGCCAAGCUGGGUGUGGUGGCAUGGCAGAGGGAGGUGUCGACAGAAUCAGCUGCCGCAGUGACAUUUUUGUGCCCGCCGGUCGCGUAUAAAGUGCGCUGAAAGUUCGCUGAUUCAAACCUGGUCAGCUUUCAGCGCAGGCAGAGCGCAGCUGGUCUAGUGGUAUUUUGGUAGACCGGCGGCGUAUCGGCAUACGUCACCGAUGCCUCACCGGCAGGUUUCCACAGUGUCAGGCACAUUUCAGUGCAAUAAAUAAUCAUCAACAACCAAUAUUCUGAGUCAGCACAUACAUUUAGAUCUAUAUAGAUAUAUUCUGAUCUAUAUCUGAUCUGAUGAGCGCGUUUGGCACGCGUUUGGACACACAACCUGACCGAAUCAACACAGCUGAAACCGCAUUAAAUUAAAUUAAAUAUCUAGUAAAUAGACACAUGAUGAAGUUAACAAGUUAUGUAAUUUGUCUCCCUCCUUUUAUUUCUUUCUUCCUCUUCCUCUUAUUUCUCGCGCAGCUCGACCUGGACACGUCUCCGUGUCCUCUCUCUGUCCUGCUGCUGCGGCUGAACAGAUGAUUUGUUUCAGUGAUCAGAUGAGUUAUUUACUUUAAGCCUACACACAUAUAUUAUAAUAUUCAGUUUUGUGAGCCAAAUUUAUUUUAUAUGCCAACAUCUGACCAAAGAAAGAGCCAGGCCACGGGGUGCGAUGCGUCAUUUUAAUGCCAUUUUUGGAAUUUAUGAUGUGAUCUCUGCGCACAAUCCACCUUUGUCACGUGAGGUUUGAAUAUGUGAAACUUUAUGUGAGUGUAUUUAUUUGUAAAAAGGGUGUUUGUCUUACUAGUGGGUCCAGCCUUACACACACCAAAUCCAUCUGUGCUCAUAUGAGAGAGUGUGGAAGACGCCCUCUGCAGCGUUUACAGCGACACUUGUUGAGGGGCUGCCUUCUGUCGCUUGUGUGGCAUUACUGUCUUCAGACAUCUCUUGAUCUCUUUGACUACUUCACGAAAAUAGUAAUACGCCUUGCAGGUGGCGGAUUUAAAGGUGAGGAGAGGAGCUGAUUUUAUUAGUCAAUACAGGUCUUGGCUGUGUUAAACUCACUCCACGCCCUCUCUCUUCCCUCGCUACGACUUACGCCGCUGGGAGGAGCUGAGUUAGGGAGGGGGGAUACUUAUGCCGGGCUGUGCCUCUCACCAAACUACCAAAUUGUGCUUGGGAACGCCUUAUCGGCGCGGCAGACCUGACUUCCGCCGCGCCUGGGCCACAUCUCCGGCGAAGCAUGAAAAUAGAGCCCAAUAAGAAAAGACUGCUUUGUCCACAGGGGGCACCAAAGUGAAUACCAUACAAAAGUUCCUUAUAGGAGCUUAAAAAACUUGUUGUUUAGGUUUUGUAAUGACUAAUUUAAUCAAAUCCAAUAUUGUCCAAAAACAAGGCCAUUAAGGUGCAAAAUGUUGUUUUAUUUCAGAUUCGUGUGGCUGUAAGCAGCACAAUGUCUCGUGUUACACUUCAGUUUGGAUUCAUCAAUGCUUUUAUGAACAUGUCCGCACAUUCCUUUUCUUCUUUUAAACAAAGCUUCUCGUACAUCUUGUCCUUUCAUUGUUUUUAUGCUGCAGCUGAUGGAGAGGACGCAUUUUAAAACCACUGUAAAUUAGGGAAUACUAAUGAGUUGCCUAUAAAAUGAGUCAUUGCUUUACCAGCUGCAAAGACUACAGCACAUUUAGAUCUACUUUGCAUGUAGAAGAGGUUACUUUAUAAUCAAGGAGCUGUGAGGGUUAAUGGGUGUCAACGAUUUAGUGAGUUAGUUAUGAACACAGCCUUGCUUGAGAAAAAGUAAUAUACUGCACAUUAAUCAGACAGACAUGAUUAAAGUUGUCAGGGCUAUAUUAACAUAUGGGUGUUUUGUUACACAACAAGAGACCAUCUUUUUCAUGUUUUAUUGAGGCAGAAUGACCUUAUUGUUGUACUUUCACCUUAAAGGUCCAGUGUGUAAUAUUCAGCAGCAUUUAUAAAAACAGACAUCAAGAAAUUUUAAUAACGGUGUGAUCACCUGAAGAUAAAAGGGCUUUUUUGUCAGCCUUUACCUAGAAUUAACUUUUCAUAUCUAGACGGGUGCAGGUCCCCUUCAAUGGAGGCUGCCAUCUUGCACCAUUGUGUUUCUACUGAUGCACAGAAUGGACAAAUGAGUACAACAAGUGUUUUAGUGUUUAGAGAGUAGGAUUUUUUUUAUGGUAAAAAACUUGACAAAUGGAGGAUCAUAUUUAUCAUGCAUUACUUGAGCUAUUUGUCCUCAAUGGCCACUGUAGCUUCACUGAUAGGGGGUAAACAAGGGAGCAUUUUGAUCUAGAAUCCGACUACUAGAUACUGCGUGCUUUGAUUUGAAAACCUCGGUUUUUGAAGGUAAAAGUGAAGCAGACUGAGUUAAGUGUGUCCAAAUAAAGCAGACGAAGCAACACAAAAUUACCCUUUAUUCCAGUGGUGUAAAAGCACCCCAAAAUUUCUGUUUCAGUCCCUGAAUCAGUCACCGUUCCAUUAUGUAACCCAGAUAUAAGGCAUAUUAUAACUUUUCGAACAGUUCAAGCAUGAAGAAAAUCUGCCACAGAAAAUAUUCUCGGCUUAAAUUGAUCUCACAGCCUUUUGCCUUACCUAACAUCUGUGGACGUUCUGCAGAGACAGCCAUGUCCGACAAUGCAGUUGAGUUGAACAGGCAGGCUUUGAGCAGAAUUUAUAACCAAUUGUUUUGUGUUUUUUCUGUCACAGUUGGAGCAGAGAAACGAUGGGCAAAGCCGGGAGUAAAGUCCUCGUGCAGACCUCGGUUGAUGGGGUUCAGGCACAGGUAAAGCCUUACAUACAAACAAGCAAACCAAAGCCUGCACACACACUAAGAGGCAUAAACAAGCAGGGAUUGAGUCUGUAAAUACACCAAAUAAUGUGUAUUAAAGCAAAAUCACAUUAAACAGUGAUGAUUUAUGCACUGGUGGAUCUGUGGGACUGUGUGUGCGUGCGUGCGUGCGUGCGUGCAUGUGUGUGGUGUGGGACAGCUGUUGUCCCCUGAGGCUGUCACAGGUUAUGCAAUCAGGAUCAGCUGCAGCGUGCUUUCACACUUGUUUUUCCCACACAGACCUCCAGUAUCAUCAUCAUCAAAAUACAUCCCUGACCUUUGGACCCAGGUUAUUAUCUUGUGAUUAAGCUAGGGUGACGGAGUGACAGUCACUGGAUGUUCCCAGUGAGAGAAAGUCUAUAAGAGGGUUUUCCCCCUUUAAACAGAAUAACCAGAGGAUGUAGACUGAGUCAACAGUCUGAGAUAUUAUGACCGUUUUUUUUGUAGAAAUUUAACGACAAAGUUUUUCUCAGACCGGACAGAUUCCAGUCUGCUUCGUCAUCAGCAGCGUCUCUAAAGGCCUAAGAGGUGACAUUCUUAAAGCUAGCGCGAAAAAUAAUUGACAUUUCCAAGGAUUUGAGGAAUCUGGAGGUUUUUUGUUAAAUUAGAUAUCCAUCAUAUCAAGGUCAUUUUCAAAAUGAUGAAAAAAAAACUAUCAGUCUAAUUCUGCUUAAAAACAUCACUGCUGGUGGAUUUUUAAGCACAUUCUUACAUGAAAAAUAACUUAUCUGUAUUUCUGAUUAAUUUUUUUCUAAAGAAACCUGUCUGAGAUAGAAUAGAGUGAACAUACAAUAUAUGAAACAGCAUAAAAUAGCAAGAGUAAAAUGAUGUAGAGUGGAAAGUAUUCAAUACAAUGCAAAAUAUGAAAAUAGAGUAGAAUAGCAUGUUAUUUUAAAUAGAAUAUUUAGAAGAGAACCAAACACUUUUUAGAAUACAAAAGAAUAGACUAGAUUGGAACAGAAAAUUGUGGAAUAGAAUAAAAUAGAAUAGAAUAGAAUAGAAUAGAAUAGAAAAAUAUGGAAGAGAUUUGUUUUUACAAUAGAAUAUGUGUUUUAGAAUAGCAUAUAAAAGAAUAGAAUAGAAUAUAUAAAUAGAAUAAGUAUUUAGAACAGAAAAGAAGAUUUUGGAUAGAAUAGAGUUAAAUUGAAUAGAAUAGAAAAAGACAGUGUCGAAUAGAAUAAAAUAGAAUACAAUACAAUAGAAUAGAACAGAAUUAACAUAUUGUACCUAAAUUGUUAUUACACAUGAUGAAAAUAUGUUCAAAAAAGGAUAGAAAAACUCUUUGUACUGUUCUUAUUCUUGAUGUUGAUUUAGGAGCCCAGUGUGUGCACCGAUUCAGAAACCUGAAACCUUUUGUACAAAUUGGAGCCAGUGGAAUUCUGAAUAACGUGAAAGACACCCAGUUUGGGGCAGCUAAAUGAUUUAAAUUAAUAUUAAAAUUAUCUGUUUACUUUUAUUUAUUUAUUUUUUUAAUCAAGAUUGAUGAGUGCAUGACACUCUCUUCUUAAGAUAAUCAAAAGUUUUCUGAUUCACCAUCUUCAAUCUUUUUUCCACCAUGCUGUUUUAGUCAAAUAAAUGAAUAAAUAAAAUACAGGCUUAACGUAUUGACCAUAGUGUGAGUGUAUGUAAAUUCAAUGUCUUCAUAACUGUCAUAACUGGACUCAAAGAUUUGGACAUAAACUGAGACAAACAGGAGCUGGUGUUUUAGAAAAGUGCCUUUUUUUACAAGGCAAACUCAAAAUAACACGUUAUGAAUCAUGUAAAACAUGUGCAGAUGUCUGCUUUUAAAUAUGAAGAACAAAACCAAAGAAACCUCUCAAGCCUGCUGUGAGAUAGAAAGAGCCAUUAAACCAGAUCCACAGAAAGCCAUUGUGUAUAGCCGUGGACUAAGAGAGAAGCUGCUCAUUAAGCUCUAUCCUUGUGUUCCUCACUUGAGUUGUUUCCCUCAGUCUUACCUCCUUCCGGUGAGAAAUAAAAAAAUAAAGGUGAGGGAGAGAUAUAAGGACAAGAGAGGAAUAUUUGGCAGCAGAGCACUACGUCCUGUCUUUCACAGCGUCUGUCUGAACAAACCUCAGGCGGUAAUGACAAGCUGCAAAACUAUCACAGCUGCCAAACUCACAGUGACAAAUGGGAAUAAUAUCAUAACAUAUUAGUUUGAUUCACAUGGAUAAAUGUCUCCAUCAUAUAAAAUCAAGUCAGAAAAAACUUGAGAAAUUUAGAGCGAUGCAAAUCCACCACGCUUCCAAGAUAAAUACUGUUUGAUGAUGUUUUGCUGGUUAAACUCAGACUAAAGUGUUUUUUAUUCCUCGAGGUUAAACAAGACUAAAACUCUCAAGGUCAAAAUCGAGUAAAAAGUGCCUGAACUCAUUUGCAUUUUCAGCCGAAGUCAAAGACAAGUUGAUCACUACCAAUGCUUCAAUGCAUUUACAUUUAGAGCGAGGCAUAACAGUCCCAUCUUGAACAGGCUGCGUAGGAGGGACUUUGGACACAUUGACCCAACAAUCUUCCAAUAAGUGGAUGACCUGCUCCAGCCCUGCUGCUUACAAAUACAUAACAAGAGAAGAUGAGCUGGCUUAGAAACCAUAUGCAUUGCUUUUAAAUCCCAGUCAGACGAGCUGACACUCCCAGGUGAACUUGUGCAAACAUAAAAACAAAGUAAUGCAUGACUCAUAUUUUCUUAGUGAAUCUGUUACAAUAUGUUAUUUUUGCAAGAUUAGCGCAAGACCUUGAUUUUCUUCUGACUGAAAAAAAAAUGUGCAUGAAAAACCUGCAUUUCUAAAUCUUUUGUUUUUUAAUAUCUGAACAUCAGCUUGCAGCAGUUAGAGAAGGAGUUGUGUUACAAUCUCCAGAUCACUCUGAAUUCUCUUCUGUGUCCUAAAUCAUCCAUCAUCCCCUCAUCCACUUGAUUCAAAUUCUCUGUGCCCGACUGACAGCACUUUUCAGGUCAUGCUUUGGCUACAAGGAGCACUGCAUCACCCUGUUUUCCCCUCCUUUCUGUCGCCUGAUUGGGAGCCAUUUUGGUCAGCUCGUGCAGCUCUCUGGUGGGCUUCACGAGGCGAGGCUGGACUGGAGUGAAUUGAUUCUUGGGGAUUAGGGAUUAAGACUCCCCCCCGACCGCUUUGGCGGAGUAAAUCUGGGGAUUAUGAUGUCAAUGGCCUGUGGCUGCAGGAGAGGAAAUUGAAUUGUGAGGGACGGGAGCGCUGAUGGGCCUGGGAUUACGGCACAGUCAGUGAGAAAUCAGAGAUGGGAGUCCGUGUCUCUGCCUUUCUCCUGCUUUGGAAAACCUCCACAGGAUACCAUUUGGUAGAUUUGGGAUGCAGGGAUCCUUUCAAAAGUAGAACGUACUCUUUUUGAAAAUGCAGAAUAUCGACUGAGUGAUUAGAAGAUCUCUGUUUGUAAUCCAGUUCUCCCAGCUCUGCUCUGUGAAGCAUCAGGUGGUGAGUACAGUUAAGUGCAGCAGGAUCACUUGGAAAGUGUGACAGGGAUUUCUGUUUUUUCUGCAGAUAACAUAGAGGAGCUUAACUGAUCAGGAAAAAAAAAUCACAGAUAGAAAUUUUAUGAGUGCAUAACCUCAAAAAUGACACACUUAUUUGAGUAACUGUGUUUUUUGUGUGUUUCUUCUUCUGCACUUAAGCCGACCCCUGCUGAGGCUGCUCCUGCUCCCGUCGUCAAAUUCCAAGGACUCACAAAAACCAACAAGAUGAAGGUGAAAUGGAGCCAGCUGGGUUUGGUGUUCUUCCUGGUUUUGUCCCUUGUGAUGACCGGAUGCUUCAUCUGGCAGUAUCAGCUGCCAAAACUCUCACAAGGUGAGAACAAACACAGCAACAACAUCGCUGGUCGCAAGUUACACAAAAGGGGGCAAGGCUAUAAAAACAGGGAAAGGUGAAGAGAUACUGAGACAAGGCAACCUUUUUUACUCAGCCAGCCUUUAAACCUGAGCGUUAAAGUAUUUCAGUGAAUGUUUGAGACAUAAAAAAAUUGAGUAUUUUUUAAAAAAAAAAAUUUGAACCACACUUUUAUUCAAUUUAAUCUAAAUUCUUCACCUUUUUGACAGCUGACGGAUUGCUUUAAUACUUGACCUUUCCCCUGACUAAAAAGCAAAACUUUAAUUUUAACACACUCAAACUAAUCCAUCCGUGGAGUACAAUUUCUAAUCUAUUAUCUUCUGCGAUAAAAGAAGCCACAUGUCUGUGAGUCAGCAUAAACAUCUGUUGUUUUACAUUUAGUCAAAGUUACUCUUGGUGUUGUUUCAUAUCUGAUGUGACACAGAAACACAACUUUAAUCACCUCUGCAACUUUGAUAAUGAAGAGAUAAGAAUCUCACAAUUAGGAGACAGUGAUCUUAUAAUUAAGAGAUAAAACAAUUUACUAAUUGUUGAUCUUUAUCUGCUGCAGUGCUAAAAUAUUAGCCUGCAGCUGUAGUGCUUGCUGGCUUCAUGACAUCCAUGGACCAUCACUGAGAAGUGACUAUAUUUUCUUUCCCCUGAAUAAGGACACUUAGUGGUACUACUGAAUUUUUCACAAGGAAACACAAAACACAAGGACUCUGUGUGUGUAAUGCCUGUACUCUUUUAAAUGUAUCAUAUCUCAGACUUAUUCUUUAAACUCAUGUGCAGUGAAGGUCCAUCGAUCCUCAUAUGGGAAGUGGUGGGGUAGCACUUUAGCGUCUCCCAUUGACCAGCCAUUCCUGCCAGCUAUCCUUGCCUUAAUAUGGUCCUUCAACAGGAUAUGGUGGCAGCAAUGACAAAAUAUGCCAAAUUUAAGGGCUUUGGUGGCAUACUUGGACUUCAAACACCACUUUUUUGUAGAAUAUGAAUUCAAAAUAUUGUAGACAGGAUCCAUUCACAACAAGAGCUUAGUAUUAGCUGUUUUUUGUUUCAAUUAGUGUGCCUGUGUUUUCUCGACCUUAGUGAUGGCUUAUAUGAACCAUUAAGUGAUGAAAGUGACUCCACAGUUGCUCAAAGAAAGUCACUCACACUGCAGUAGGGAAAGGCAUAUGAUAUGUACAGGUGCGUGGUAUUCUUUGAGCUUAUAAAGAGGCUCAGUCUGAACAAUUUCAUCUGAAAACGUAAAAAUGGUGGUUGGAGGUGAUGCAUUGUUUAUCAACCAAUAAAGUCUCUGGGCCAAUUAUCAAACAAUCAUGUCGCUCUAAGUCCCUCUUUACUCAACUAAUUUGAAGCAGGUGUAAUAGAUGCUUCUAAAGAGAGUUCAGUAUUAUGAAGUUUCUACAGUCUAAUUAAGUCAUUUAAGGAGUAUUGCAUGGAAAAAAAAUCAACAAUUAUAGGAAACAAUUUUGUGAAAUACGCUGUGAAGAACACAUUUCCUGCCACUGAUUUAGAGUUGCUUUUAAUCAUAAGUUUAGUUCAAGAGUGUUAUUGCCAAAGUCUAAUUCUAAGAAGUCUAUUUGGUGUAAUUUCUUUGAAAAAGGGAACAAGACUAAGAUGCUUUACUCCUCCAAACACAGUACAGGUUUGUAAUUGGAUUUUUAUAUAAGUAAAGGAACAUCAGGUGAUAUCAUUCAUGGUAUAAAGCUCAGCCCUGCAGGCUCUUAUUCAUGUUUUCAGAUGAUGCAGUCAUCUUUUUAUACUCUGAGAAACUAAUUUUUCAUGUAUAGUGGUCCCUUACAAUGAAUGGUUAAUGGUAACUUGAAAUGAUAGGGUGAUGUAUUGAAAUGUCCCUUUUCACGCAAAUCUCACAGUGGGACCUGUGUGCACUUCUUUUCAUCCAUAUCAUUUGUCAUACAUUCGGUUAAAUUAGAUCCUGUAUUAUCAACAGGGUUCAUCAGGAUGUAAAGGAUAUUAAUCAAGUUCAAAGCCAGACACAUUAUGUUGGUGUUUGAGCAGGUAUAAAUCAUGCAUUGGACAUUAUGCGACCAAAUACCAAGUGGAUAUUAUCAUAGCCUGUCCCUGUUUUUCCCCCUCCUCUUUUCUUAUUUUACAUCACCGCCCAGAAGAAGAGAAUGGACGCAAUGCCAAAGCAGAAAUGGUGUGUCCCCGUUUCCCCGAGCCACUGCUGCUGGAGCAUCCCAUCCCCAGUCUGAAAGAAGCACUGGAAAAGGUGAGGACAGUUGUUCAUCAUCAAAGAUUUAAAUCCUGAUGUCAUAUUUCUAUCAUGCCCACAUACCAGUCUGAGGGAAAUUUACAGGCUGACUGUAAUAAUCCUUCACACCAAAUGCCACUGCAGUCAACAGAAGGAGAUUAAAGAUAUAGAGGAUGAAAAACUGAGUCCAUAUGAGCUAAAGGUUGAGUUUCUGUUCACACAUGAGAGAGUCUGAGAGUAGGCGGUAGUGAGUACAUUUUAAUGGUGACAAAAAAUUUUGACUCCUUAGAUUUGAAUCUAGUCCACAAAUUUGCAGGUUAAAUUCUAGUUGGCCUAUAAAAAACUGCUUAAUUACCUUGAAACUAUAGAUGGAAAAAAGGAAAAACCAAACAAACUGACUGAAAUAACUGAACCUGUAUCAUUUAAUUUGGGAGAUAAUUUUGGAGCAUACAGUGAAUCCGGAAAGUAUUCAUACCACUUCACUUUUUCCACAUUUUGUUAUGUUGCAGCCUUAUUCCGAAAUGGAUUAAAUUCCCUUUUUCCUUCAAAAAUUCUACACAAAAUACUCCAUAAUGACAAAGUAAAAAAAUUUUUUUAGAACAUGUUGCAAAUUUAUUAAAAAUAAGAACACUCAAAUGUUGCAUAUACACAAGUAUUCACACCCUUUACUCAAUACUUGGUCAAAGCACCUUUGGCAGCGAUUACAGCCUCCAGUCUUCUUGUGUAUGAUGCAACAAGCUUGGCACACCUGGAUUUGGGGAGUUUUUCCCCAUCCUCUCAAGCUCAGUGAGGUUGGAUGGGCAGCAUCAGUGCACAGCUACUUUCAGGUCUUUCCAAAGAUGUUCAAUCGGGUUCAAGUCUGGGCUCUGGCUGGGCCACUCAAGGACAUUCAGAGACUUGUCCUUUGUCUUCUUGGCCGUGUGCUUAGGGUCAUUGUCAUGCUGGAAGAUGAAGUGUCGCCCCAGUCGAGGUCUCGAGCGCUCUGGAGCAGGUUUUUAUCAAGGAUUUCGAUGUACUUAGCUGCAUUCAUUUUUCCAUCGAUCCUGACAAGUCUCCCAGCUGAAAAACAUCCCCACAGCAUGAUGCUUUGUUUCUCCUGGUCUGUGAGUCCUUCAGGUGCCUUCUAGCAAAGUCCAAGCAGGCUGUCAUGUGCUUUUUACUGAGGAGUGGCUUCUGUCUGGCCACUCUACCAUAAAUGCCUGACUGGUGGAGUGCUGCAGAGAUGGUGGUCCUUCUGUAGGGUUCUCCCAUCUCCUCAGAGGAACGCUGGAGCUCUGUCAGAGUGACCAUUGGGUUCUUGGUAACCUCCCUGACCAAGGCCCUUCUCCCCCACUUGCUCAUUUUGGCUGGGCGGCCAGCUCUAGGAAGAGUCCUGGUGGUUCCAAACGUCUUCCAUUUCUUAAUGAUGGAGACCACUGUGCUUUUUGGGAUACAACCCUGUUUCGGAGGUCUACAGACAAUUCUUUCGACUUCAUGCCUUGGUUUGUGCCCUGACGUGCUCUGUCAGCUGUGGGAUCUUAUAUAAACAGGUGUGGCUUUCCAAAUCAUGUCCAAUCACCUGAAUUUGCCACAGGUGGACUGCAAUCAAGUUGGAGGAACAUUUCAAGGCUGAUCAGUGGAAACAGGAUACACCUGAGCUCAAUUUUGAGUUUUAUAGCAAAGGGUUUGACAUUUGACAUUUGAGUGUCUUAUUUUUAAGACAUUUGCAAAAUGUUCUAAAAAAAAGUUUUUCGCUUUGUCAUUAUGGGGUAUUUUGUGUAGAAUUUUUGAGGGAAAAAAUGAAUUUAAUCCAUUUUGGAAGAAGGCUGUAACAUAACAAAAUGUGUAAAAAGUGAAGUGGUAUGAAUACUUUCUGGAUGCACUGUAAACCUGCAGAUCACCCUGAUCUUUUCACUGUUCACUUUCAAAGGUGAGCAAACUCUUGUCAAAAUACAGUUUGACCCCAUGGUCUUUUUGCAUACAUAUUAAAUUUGAUUCUAUAUAUUUAUAUCAAGUGGGAGUUGGUUCCUCUGAAAUUAAAAAGAUAGGAGAUGGCUCUAAAUUUGCACCUGUAAACUGUACAAAAAUAGAACAAUAAAAAAGUCCAAGGAUUGAACCCUGAGGUAACCCAUGCAUUAGUUUGUUCCCGAAAAACCAGCCAGAAAUGGAUGUUAGCUCUUUGUUUGCUGUCUGCAAACAUGUCUUAUUAGACCUGACCUGACAAAUCCUGAGUGACAUUUUAUUCCAAGACGACAGCUAAAGUUUAACCUAACUUUUCAAGCAUCUAUGCCUUUUUUUUUAAAAAUCUUUUACUUGCAACAUAGCAAAAAUACAGCCCUUAGUUUUCAGUUUCUGCAGUUCAUCACAAUAGUGAUGCUUUUAAUUAUGCAAACAAUCCCAACAACAGUCACACAGCAGCAAAUUAGCUCUUUACACCUCCUGAGGAAAUCGUGCACAGGUCAUAGGCUAGGGAAGUGGUGUAAUGUUGACCUUGUUGUCUAUUAUUAGACUGCAAGAGUGAGGUGCGGCUCAGGUUUGAUCUUUUUUUGAAACAGGGAACAGGAGUACUUGGAGGGGGUUUAUUUCUGUAACAGUGCAGCAUAAGCUAUUGCUACAGAAACACCUCCUCCUCCACCACCCCCUUUAUUGGCACUUGUUUGUCUCAUGGAGCCAAAUUCAUGCAUAAUGGCAGAGCAUCUAUCAACAAGAAGUACUGUUCAGUCAGACAUGUCUCAUUGUGAUGGUUUGAAAUGUUUUAGACAGCAGCAGCACAAAGUUUGUUUUAGGCAUUGAGGCUCCAACCUCAUCACUCUUCAUACUUUUAAAUUGCAUAUUUAAAGGCGUGAUUCAUCUUAAACACCGCAGUCAGAGCCUGCAGGUGGCUUCUAGGGAGGUGAUGGAUUGGAAGUUAAAGCUCAGUGCUGGAGAUGACAGAGCAGAGGGAGAGGCUGGAGAUCUGUCAGCUAUAAAAGACUUCCAAAUGUUGCUUGAGUUGUCCACCUGAACUGGCUUGCAGGAGUUACUCCAUUAUAAGCGUUUACACCAGCAGAGAAAUACAUACUUUUAAACACAUGUAUUAUUCAGCAGCUUCAAACACCAAGAUUGUUAUCCAAAGAUGUGAGUAACAACCUCUUUAGUGAAUGUUUAAAAUGUCACUCACUCCUGCAGUUUGCAAACCAAACUUAAGGAAAAAAAAAUAACUGUAUAAUGAUAAACAGAGCUUUUGAAAUCCAGAUGGGUUAUGAUGAAAGAGAUAUCCCCUAUGCAGCUCUGAGGUUCUGUAUGCACUACUUUAACAAAUAGCCUUGGAAAUUAUGGUGAGAAAGCUUGCUCUUUAUACUCUUACAGCAAAGACCGAGUUCAUUCCUCUGCUUUAAAAAUGCAUAUAUUGUAUGUCUGUAUGUGUUUAUACAGUUUUUGAUUUUCCAUUAUGAGGCAAAGAGAAACAAACCAUUACAAACAGCUCAGUCGCAUAAAAGACAGAAAAACAGGCACAUUUGUCCAAAACUGCACUGUCUUUGGAGUUAUUCAGGAUCAUGAAAUAAUAAUGACCAAAACCAGGCCCUGGCAUGUCACAGACUUCAUGAAAAAAACCUCAAAUAAAACGGCAGACACAUUCACAUUUAGGUCCAAACAUUUUUGCAAAGUUAGCUGUUUUUGAAGGUUUAUAACCAAAGUCCGAAGGGCUCUGAAUGUUAUGGUCUGGCUUUAUGGAGACCAUGUGUUUCUGUUGGUUUCUGCAAGCUCAGACUCCCAACAGACAUUGGGGUGGUUUGCAGCUGAGUGUGAAGCUGUUGGGGUCAGCACCAUUAAGUCUGGGGCCAUGGUUCUCUAGUGAUAAUCGGUGGAUUACAGAAGUUAGGUAGAGAGUGAGUGUUUGCUUAAAGUGACAGAGUGAGGGGAAAAAUAGAUCAGGACAUCUUUAGGCUGGAUAGAUUAAUAGAUAGAUAAUUUAUUAAUCCCAGAAGGGAAUUCAAAAACCCAGAGGCAGCACAUUUGAAACACAGUACACAUUCUACGAAUACAAAUACUGUAAUAAAGAUAAAUACUGUAUUAAAAAAAAAAGAGAAUAAAAUCAGUCGAUAAACAUGACCAUAAGGCAGUAGUGCAGCGUUACGAAGGCAUAGUAAACAGUGCAAAUGGGGGAAAAAAAAAUGUGCAAAAAAAUGCUGAUUCUGAUGGAUUGUUCAUGGAUGGGAUAUAUUGUGGGGGGGGCAGUUCAGUAAAGGGGCUCCUCAGAGGGAGCAGUUGAAGGACAGUUGGGGACAAAUGACCUCCUCCCUCUGUCAGUGCGGGAUAACAGCCUGUUACUGAAAGACCUCCUCUGCCUUGAGAUGGUGCUGUGCAGAGGGUGCUGGGGGUUGUCCUGGAUGGAAAGGAACCUGGCAAGAGUUCUCUGUUCUGCCACAGAUGUCAGGGAGUCCAGUUCUGCACCGACUAUGGAGCCGGCCCUCCUUAUCAGUCUGUCCAGCCACGAGGAAUCCCUCUUCUCGAUGCUUCCUCCCCAGCACACCACAGCAUAGAAGAGUGCACUAGCUACAACUGUCUGAUAGAACAUCUGUAGCACCCCAUCAAAGACCACAUCUAGACGUUAGAGUGACUUAUGCAAAGUACAAUUUUUGGCAAACAAAAUUAAAUUCCUGCCCAGUCCAGACUUACUAGAAGAAGCAGCAAACAACUAGUACUAUCAUUGUUAGCUAACAGCUGUAAGCGUUAAUGAGCUUGCACUAGGCUUAAACAAGUUAUUAGCCCCCCUCUAAAAUUUUGAGUUUUUCUCCCAAAUUUCCGAAGUGCUGUUCAACAGAUUAAGGAAUUUUUACACAGCUUUUCCAAAAAUCCUAGGGCUCUAUUUCCGUGCCUCGCCGGCGUAAGUCAGGUCCGCCGCACCGACAAGGCGUUCCCAAGCACAAUUUGGUAUUUUGGUGAGAGGCGCAGCCCGGCAUAAGUAUCCCCCCUCCCUAACUCAGCUCCUCCCAGCGGCGUAAGUCGUUGCGAGGGAGGAGAGAGGGCGUAGAGUGGGUUUAACACAGCCGAGACCUGUAUUGACCAAUAACAUCAGCUCCUCUUCUCGCCUUUAAAUCCGCCACUGGCAAGGCGUAUUACUAUUUUCGUGCAGUAGUCAAAGUGAUCAAGAGAUGUCUGAAGACAGUAAUGCCACACGAUGGCGACAGAAGGCAGCCCCUCAACAAGUGUCACUGUAAGCGCUGCAUUGGGCGUCCUCCACACUCUCUCAUAUGAGCACAGAUGGAUUUGGUGUGUGUAAUGUUGGACCCACUGGUAAGACAAACACCCUUUUCCACAAAUAAAGACACUCACAUAAAGUUGCAUAUAUUCAAACCUCACGUGACAAAGGUGGGUUGAGCGCACAGAUCACAACAUAAACUCCAAAAAUGGCAUUAAAAUCGAAACCAUCUGUGCGUAAAUGACGCAUCACGCUCCGUGGCCUGGCUCUUUCUUUCAUAGAUGUUGGCAUAUAAAAUAAAUUUGGCUCACAAAACUGAAUAUCAUAAUAUUCGUAUGUAGGCUUAAAGUAAAUAACUCAUCUGAGCACUGAAACAAAUCAUCUGUUCAGCUGCAGCUGCAGCAGGAUGGAGAGAGGACACGGAGACAUGUCCAGGUCGAGCUGCACGAGAAAUAAGAGGAAGAGGAAGAAAGAAAAGGAGGGAGACGAAUUACAUAUCUUGUUAACCUUAUCAUGUGUGUUUAUUUACUAGAUAUUUAAUUUAAUUUAAUGCGGUUUCAGCUGUGUUGAUUCGGUCAGGUUGUGUGUCCAAACGCGUGUCAAACGCGCUCAUCAGAUCAGAUUUAGAUCAGAAUAUAUCUAUAUAGAUCUAAAUGUAUGUGCUGACUCAGAUUAAUAGUUGUUGUUGAUUAUUUAUUGCACUGAAAUGCGCCUGACACUGUGGAAACCUGCCUGUGAGGCAUCGGUGACGUAUGCUGAUACGCCGCCGGUCUACCAAAAUACUACUAGACCAGCUGCUUUCCACCUGCACUGAAAGCUGACCAGGUCUGAAUCGGCGAGCUUUCAGCGCACUUUACACGCCACUGGCGAGCACGAAAAUGUCACUGCGCCCGCUGAUUCUGUCGACACCUCCCCCUGCCACGCCACCAUGCCCAGCUUGGCGGAUCUCGGUUCGCCUCCAUGCACCUCAGUCCAUGAAAAUACCAAAAUGGCUGUACGCCGGGCUCCGCCAGACGAAAAUACAACUGCGCGGGGUCCGCCACCCUCCGCUGCCUUACCAGUGUACACGAAAAUAGAGCCCCUAGUCUUAUUUUGGUUCCUUACAUUACAAAAUUAUUUCACAAAAACCAAAAACUGCCAGGGUCAAAAUUAUUAGCCCCCUUAAGAAUUGAUGUUUUUAUUGAGCCAAAACAAAAAUCACUGUUGUGCAAUCAUGAGCUUUCACUUUCGAGUGCUCACAGCUUGUAAUCAAUCAAUCAAUUCAGUGAAAACAAAGGGUUGUCCUACACUUUACACACAGUAUAAAAACCUUGUUAAGGAUUUGAGCUGUCACUUGAGAAGGCAUCAUGGCAAAUACAAAAUAAUUCAGUUUAGACUUGAGAAAAAUAAUUGUUGAUGCUUACAAAGCAGGAACAGCACUUCGGAAAUUUUGGAAAAAAACUUCUAAUUUCAUAGGGGGGCUAAUAACUUUGGCCUCAACUGUAAAUACAUGUCGGUCAAUCAAUGUUAUACAGUAUGUUUAAAAAAACUGUACAUGAAAACAUCAUUGGCACUGCACACUACCAUCCCUGUCUUUGGCCAACAACAUGUAGUGUGUAUGUCUUUGGUUUAUUUUGGAUUGACUUACCUGCUGUUGAUGGGACACACCGCUGUGUCUUCUCGGACGCCCCUCAGGGACAGAAUCUCCACCUCCAGCAUAUUCACCAUCCGACAUAGCAUAUUGUAGGAGUGGUCCAUUAUUAUGCAUAUCUGGCCACACAAUGAAUGGUCCAGAUCGGCCUCUUGGCAGCAGACACACUCUGCCACGGUGGGCAUCACCUUGCACCUGCCACACCAACACCGGGUUGUGUUGCCAAGCCACUCCUUCCUAAAAACACCUGGCUCCACCGCAACCUUUUUCCUCUCUAACCUCACCCGCUCAGUUCCCCCAUUUUCUAGGCUUCAAGGCAUAAGCCAUGGGGUUGCUGCUGACUUUCACAGUCCUCUCAACCUCGUCCUCAUCCAUUUUCAUACAAAAUUUUCUAUUCUCUCUUGACGUCUUACUUGCGCGCUGUUCUAUAACUAACCCAGUGACAUAAGCAACAACAUCAUUUCAAGAUGGUGGCUGGCUAGGCAGAGAGCCUGCUAGAAACCAAGAAAAUAAACUUGCUAUAUCUACGGUUUUGCCAUUUUUCAAAAUCCGAUGUUAGGCAAGGUCAUUUAUUAAAAUAUAUCUGACCACUACUAGUGACAAAACAUGCGCGUUUUAUUUCCACUUUAAAUUACACCCUUGCAUAAACUUUAAUUGAACCCUUACACAAAAUUACAACUUGCUCGCAGAACAACCCAAUUGGAGCCUAUGCAUGAGUAAAGAGAAUCAUAACACACUGAUGCAGUGCAAUUUUUAAAACUGACCAGUGUGAUGAAGCUGUACAACAAAGCUGUAUGGAGGUAGUGAGUUUGUUUAUACUCUUGGCAGAUACGAGUUUCCAAAGUUUCAAAGACUAUAAAAAAAAAAAAGAAAAACAGUUAAAAGUAAAAGGUAGCCGGGCCAGAAUUGUGUGGUCACUUUUUUGCAUGUUAAAACCAUUUCAGCAUCUUUCUGCAAUAAAAAAUGUGUAACUUUGGCUCCUUAGAUGAUAAAAUGAAAUAUUGCUGACCUUGUGAGCAAUGAGCAUUAAAAUUCAUAUUAGAAUCUAAAACCACCUAGGAGUUAAAACCUCCUAGUGCUGAGUCCACUUUUUCUCUGGCUGCUUUGGCCCCCAGUAAAGAAUUUUCAGUCUUCUCUUCAUUCACUUUUGAAAAGUUUUGCUCAUCCAUAAAUCAAUGUCUGUAAGACAGGAUGGAGGAAAUCACUGCUUGGUUUCCUCAAAGGUGCCCAGGCUUAGCCCAGUGACAGGGCUGGGACAACUAUUUUGCAUCAUAAGGAACUGGUUUAGGCUGUUCAGGCAUCUGAUCGGGAUGCCUCUUGGACACCUUCUUGUGGAAGUUUUCCAGGAGCGUAAACUGUGCUGUGAUCCCAGGACAAACUGGGAGCUAGUUGGAAGAAUUAUGUACACCAUCUGGCCUUGGACCACCUAAGAAUCACCCCCAGGAGGAGCUGAAUCUGCUGCCCCAGCCUUUAAACUGUGGAUAAGUGAAGGAAAAUGAACUGAUCCAGCAAAUGUGGAUCCAAAAAAGAAGAAUUUGAGAUUAUUUACAUUUCUUUCUUUUUUGGGAUUUAAGAGUUCCUCCCUUAUCAUGAAAAUUGCAUUUUUACGAUAAAACAAUUUCAAUACCAUAUGAGUUCCUAGAGGCGUUAAACACUGUGAAAUCAACUUAACAUGAUCAUACAGUACUUUUAUAACAAGGCGAAGCACAUAAGCAUGAAAACAGCUCUCAGUGUAAACCACAGGCCUUCUUUUGGUUAAUGUAUUCCUCAAGUUAGAACAGUUUGGAGCAUUAACUCAUAAAAAUGUAAAAUUUACCACUUUUGAAUUAAAAUAAUUUCCACUGCACGAUGCAUCCUGAUCAAGUUCUUCAACUCAAAUGCAGGGUCAGUUGUACCUGGGAGUAAAUGACAUUGCUUGACACUGAAAUUGUCAUAAAUUAAUAAAAUAAUCCACUUAAGCACUAAGUGCAGACAGAUAUUGGGAGCACAAUAAAAUACUUAAUUCAUUUGCUUAACAGCUCCCAGCAAAGACAACCCUGUCAGAAAGAGCUUUGAUUUAUUAUUCCUGCUCUAAUGUCUGCUGUGAGUCAAGGUUAAUGUACUUUUUUUUGGCUCCCAUAGCAUGUCACAUGAUGGUUAAAUGACGAAUUAGGCAAGGUCGUGUUGUGAGCAGCGAUACACUCUACAAAGGGAAAGGGACCAUGGGCUUCAGGGUUGUAGUUUGCAAGUCUCUAAUAAAGCCAAUUAAAAACAACAAUAUUUUCCUGAAAUGUUUACAAAAAGCUGAAUCAUGUCUGUGGCAAAAGUUUGUACUUUGUACAUUUGGAAAUAGGUGUAAAGAAAGCGUUUAGGUUUGAAAUAAAAACAGAUCGAGAUCUCAUUAGGGAGGGUCUUUAUUAUCUGGGUCAAUCAAAGGAUUUGAUUUGACACCCAGUAUAAGUUCAUGAUUUUUUUUUAAACAAAAUAACUCUUCUACAACUUCUAAAACUACUUUCUAUUUGGUAAGCUCCACUUCAAAGCUACCUUCUCCAGGACGUCAUUAGCCAUAGCUAUUCAAUGAUUUAUCUUAUUUCAAAGCCCAAUUAUAUCCAAAACCUUGAGACUCAAGUCAGUGUAUAAAUCUUUCUUUUAAACUAAUACAAAUGUUGGCUAGUUUGCCUAAUUGCUUUUUUUGUGGAGAUUUCUGUGAGGACUGAUAUGACCCUCAUUAUUGUCUGCCUCUAAAACUUUCGGUGGUUGUCGUUUAGUUUAGUAGAAAAUGGAUCCAGAAAAGAAAGCUCACCUGUUUGUGAGCUGAUAGUUUGACACAAAUGCAAACACUUCAACUUUUUAGGAAAAAAUCUUCACUUUGAUCUCUUUUUAUUCCAGGUGGACCUUUUGCUUCGGCAGACCCUCAACCCCAUCAGUCUCCCCUCUCUGUCAGCAAUUGUGAUUUUAAAUGAUACUGUUUUAUGGACCGGGAACUUUGGGAAGAGGAACAUCAGUGACCCACUCUCAGGAGCCCCAAAUGAGUACACAAUCUACAGGUGAGUGACCCGCUGAAGACCUGCAGUACAAAUCAAUCUAUUUUAACCUUUAUUAUUAUGUCUGGUUAAAGCUUCAGGACUCUCCGGUUAGAUUUUGGGAAAUUUUUCAUGCUUCGUCAGUCGUCUUUUCAACCAUAAAUAUAGAUGGGAUGGUGACAUUUUGAGCUGAUACUCUUAAAUGAUAAAUAACUGCUAGAUUUAGUACAGCUCCAGGAAAUACCACAAACUAAAGUCUGAAGUUGUGGGAUCAUUGUAUGUAGUUUCUGAGGUGUUGAUCAGUCUAACUUUGGUAUCUCCAGCGGUAAAAAUACUGUCUUGACAUAGAUCAGACCAUAACUCUUCAUUUGUAGAAGCCCCCAAACCAGAUUCCCAUCUUUAUCUUGACUGGUGCAUUGUUUGUUUUGGGUAUUGCUCAAUUAUAAGUACACCCCACCAUAAGAACUAUGAAGGACCUCUCAAACCUUUGUCAGCUGAACUUGUGUUGGUCUUCCCCCCCAGUGUUUCUUCCAAGAAAGCUCCAGAAGCUGUAAAUAAUUGAAGAAACUUUUGUUUUGUUUUCUGGUCAAAGUAUCAUUGGUAGGAGUUUGGUCUUCCAUGAGGGUGUUAAAAAGAAAGGUUGCUCGUCACAUCAAUUCUUUAAUAGAUCUUACGGUUAGGGCUGGGACAAUUUGUCGACGUAUUCAACUACAAAAAUUCGUCAACGCUAAAAACAUGCGUUGACUUGUCGCAUAGUGACAUAGACAAUGGCUACUUAAUGUAAUGGUGGAAGGAUGGACGGCAAACGAGCUCCAAGUAAUGGGGUCGAUUUAAAACCUACUUUAGCAUGAUCUAUGAGCAGCUCCUCUCAAUCAAUGCAUGUGUUUUUCCUGCCUUCCUUGUUUACAUUUCCAAGAUCGUGCUGCUUUCAUUCAAGGAGACAUGCAGUGACCUGUCAAUCAUAUAACACACAGCUGGUGCAGCAAAUGCCACAGUAAACGCUGCAUCAUACGCCCUGCAUCCCAUAUCCAAAUAUAUAUAUCAUUCACUUUAUCUCGGAGUUAAAGCAUCAGUUUUGUGCUUUUAUUUGUCCUAUAAGUCGCUAACUAAUCAGCUGUGUGAUCACAGACGAUAGCUCGCUAAUGCUAAUACUCGGUGCACACGAGCUCUGCUGCACAUAUGUAUACUGAUACACGAGUCCGAGGUAGAUCCACUUAAGAAAAAAAAUCAUUUUUAAGGUGUGGUGGCUUUUAUUUAACCAUGGCAGUGCACUACGAUUGCAUUAAGGGGAAACCCUAUUAUCUAGCGUCAUGUCUUACUCAGCAAUGUAAACAAACACUGUUGCCAGCAUAAUGCCGUCCGUAACCCACAAUGCAUUGCGAUUUAAUGUGCCUUUUCAAGCCCUAUUAUUUUUAUCAUUAUCAUAAUUAUUUUAUUUUAUUAAUACAGCUAUCGUUGUUACAUAAUGCAUUUUGAAAAUAUGUAAUAAUAAAUGGAAUAAUUUCAAGCCUUAUAAUACCCAGCCAUGCAUUUCACUUGUGCAACACUGUGAUAUAUUGCAAUGUCAUGGCUGGUUAUCCAAAAACAGCAUACUGCGGUUCACAGUGUGUCGUCCAGCACUAAGUGCAAGCUUUUGGCUGAGUGUUACUAACAGUUGACUUUAGAUAAGCUAAACAGCAUGUUAAGUGCUUUGUGAAUGUAAAAAAGCAUUGAUAAAAAUGCACUUUUAUUUUGUUUUGUUUGAUUUUAAGAGAUUCUUGAAUAAAUUGUUGAAUUGCAUACUAAUUGGACAAGUUUUUAAUAUUCAUUUAGGUUAAAUUCAUUGUUAUUUUAAUCGGUUAAUAGAAAAAUAAUCGUUGGAAUAAUUGAUAAAUUAGUCGACAGAUUAGUAGACUAAUCAAAAAAAUAAUCCUUAGAUUAAUCAAUAAAAAAAUAAUUGUUAGGUGCAGCCCUACUUACGACAUGUUCUCACUAAAUGGACGGUCAAACGAACUCUGCUUCAGGUUUUUCAUCUUUUAUUUAGCAGAUUGACACAUUAAAUCACCCAGAAGUGAAACUAGAGGACAAACAAGCCUGCUUUGCCAGUAAAUGGUUUUAUUGGAGUGUUAGUCCCAGUCGGUCAAAUUGCAGCUUUCACAAACAGCUGAUAUAAAACCGAGCAUUUUUGGCUACGCAAAUCACAGACAAAAGUACCAAAGACUGAAUAACAAUAACAAGUCUAUUCCAACCAUACUCCAACCAGAACCACAGUUUGAGUUUCAUCCCUGAAUGACGUGGCUUUGCUGAAACUUUGAGGAGUUGAGACAUUUUAUCCAUGUUUUCCAGACAGCUCAGACAUCUGUUGGCAUGGAGACGUAUUAGCAGGCUUCAAUAUAGCUGUUUAGGAAACACACCUCUGGGUGUUAUUAGAGGCAUAUAACCUACCUGGAUGGAUGGUUCGGAUUAAAGGAUGGAUUCAGGGGGUUGUUGCCUGUUUUGCUCCUUCACUAAAUCCCACAGCGCAAAGAUCUUUUCUCUUUACUUCUGAGGAGAGACAGACCUUAUAUAGACAAGUUUUCUCCAGGCAUGAAGAUUUAUAUAAAAAAUGUUUUGGCAAAAUCAUAAUUAACGACCUAAGGUGGAGGUGGAUGGUCUUACCUAACAGUAUCUCUUUCACUCAUCGUGUAUCUGCUCAAUGAAACAUGAAGCUCACUGGUUUCUAAGCCGCAGAGGCAGAAAUGUUUUAAUCAGAGGACGAGCUUCAUUGCAUCAUCCUUGGUCAUUGUUAUGGGGACAUAGGCUGUAGAAAUGAAUAUUACUAGUCGAUGUACAUCAGCACCGGAGCUCCUGACUUUGAUUAGUAUGUAAUUGAUGUUGCAGCACGAUGGGGCUCAUGUUUCCCCGACAAACUGCCUGAAAAAGGCAAAAGUAACAGCUGGGAGUGUGUUACAGAGGCCAGAGUCUCCACGGAAACAGACAGCUAAAAAUCAAAAACAGCAGGAGUUAAAGUCGAUUUUAGAUUUACCACCGGAAACUUUGACAGAAAAUUAAACCUCAGCUUAGUAUGAUUUAUACCUCUCCAAAAUAAAAACACAGGAAUCUCUCUUCCUCCUCCUUCUCCUCCUCUGUGUGUCAAUCCAAAACAUGUAAUGGAAACAUGGUGUUAAAAGCUUUGCCUGGAGGGCAUCCAUUAGGGAAAAGUGAGAAACCUAUAAUUACAGCUCAAGUCCAAAUCAAAAGCACAAAUACACAGAAAAACAAAAAUACUUUUGGUCGAGUCACCAAACCUGUAGUCAGAGCAGUGUUAAUUUUGACAGCAAAUUUAGAUUUAGCUUUUGUGUUUAGACUGAAAAACCUUUAAGUUUUAGUUCACAUUUUAGUUAUUUUUGCCCUUUGUAGUUUUAGUCGACAAAGUCUUUAGAGUGAGUCAACUAACCAAUCAGAAAUAGGAAUCAAGGUUAUAAAAGUUGCUUGAAUUUGUCAGGCACUCUGAGCUGCAUCCUCUUCUUUAGUUUAGAGUUUAAAAAAUUGACCAAACAUACUCUCUAAUGUUUCCACAAACUAGCAUAAAACAAUAAAGCAAGGGUCAAGUCAGUCUGAGUUGUGUCAAAGUCUGUAUUCGCUGAGGAUUAUCCUGACUGUAUGAACCUGGGCUGAGGAUAUGGGACCUUUUAGAUGUGAAGAAACACAUUUCAUUCAUAACAUCACAGAUUGCCUUAUCCUGUCAACAUGAGCAUGUUUGAAAUAUUAGAUUAUCAUCAAAGUUAAAACACUGUAAGUCAUGUGUAAAUAUGCACUUUGGUUUCCUUGAUGGGAGAAGCACUCAUAUAUUCAGCUGUGAUUGGAUCUCUGCAGGUGUCUAAACCCUAAAACCCCUGAAACUUGUGAUCAAUCAGACUCUGAGAGUUACUUUUUAGGGGGCUUUUAUGGGUUUAUUCAGAGUGGAAAGAAUGAUGGGCCGACUAGAGAACUGGAGGAAGAUGGGCCACAGGCCAGAAUCAAUCCAAUCCACCAGUGAACCACAGCUUUUUUACAUACAUAAUCUCGACUUCCAGGCUUUACUAGCAUUUUGAUUAAACAGACUUUGAACUAACCGUAUGUGACUUUUCACCUCUCAGGGGGAAGCAGUGGUUUUCCUUCAAAAUAACCAGUUGUUUUUGAUAUUAAAGCAAAUUAUAUUUCCAAAAAAUGGUGCAUCAGGGUCAUCCAUCUGACCCAGAUGAAGGCCACAAGCCAAAACAUGGCAGACUAAUAAAGUUGUUUUCUGAACUACAAGUGUUGCUGGAGCUCUUUUGAGCUUCUCACAACCCUAGGUUAGCCUCUGUAAGAUUAUCUAUUUCCAAUUUUCCAAACAUGUAAGGUCUCACACACUUGGCAGCACCUUGUUGCCUAGUCUGGGUACUUCUUUGGACACUGUGCAGUACUUUAAGUCUCAAGAGGUAGAGAGAAACCUCGGCAUCACCUCUUGAAAGUUUUAGAGAGUAAAGACUGUUCAAACUUUGGAGAGGUGAAACUGUUCGAAAUUGACUCUGGAAAGUUAAAAAUACCUGUCUUUUAAUCCCCGAGUGCAGAUACUUCAGUCUCAUAAAAAUGUCCAUCAUUUGACCCUCUGCUUGAAAAAAUACCCACUUCACCAAGUCCUCUUUUCACCAAGUCCACUUGCCGUUAAUAACUUAUUGCAGUCUUAAAAUUCACGACGAGAAAACCUUCAUUACACAAUUAGAGGCUUUUUUUCUCAGAGCGUGGAAAGCUUACGUAAUGCACAAUGCGGACUGUUACUUUUAGGCAUGUGUCAUUCAAGAGUAAAACUGUUGGAAUGACCCUUUAAAUUGCUCUCAAUUACCUGCACUAAUGAUAAGUGAGCUGUCCUUUAUGUGAACUCUUAAAAUCAAACACAAAUUACCUUUGCUUCCUCAUUAACCUGCUCCUAUUCUCGAAUCUGUCAGGGAAAUGCCGUCUGACAGAAUAAAUCUCCAAACACACAUAUUGAGCAGCAUGCAGCUCAAAUCAAUCCGAGCACAACUGUUACUCGCAUAUGGCUCGUCUGCAGCUCAGAUAGAUUUGUGAGAUCGUGACUUUUAGAAGAAGACUGCACACAAAGGCUUAUUGAGUUCCCGCAGAUGUGUGUCGUUUGCUCUGAGUCAUGCACAGCAGCCCUUCUGAGGCAUUUGCUGCACAACUUCACCGCCAGUGAUGAUAAUGAUCAUUUUUCAUUCAGCCUGAAAUUUAGUUCACAGUCAGUGUAACAUGCACACAAUGAAACACCCACAAUGAUCAGACAUGUUCAAAAUUGGGUUUGAACCACCAGUGAGUGCUGUAAAUUAGUUCAUGGUUUCCCUUUUUAGCUUUUAGUCUGAGAUGAACAAGCAAACUAUGGUGAAAAUUUACUUGUUUUCAGAGUCAAAUCUGUGUUUCAAAAGAUAGAAGAUGGUAAAUUUGAGAAAGUUUAAGGAGAAACAAAGAAGGUCUUUUUUUCUUUUUUUGUCUCCCAGGAUCGCCAGCCUGUCGAAAAUCUUCCCGACUCUGAUGCUCUACAAACUCUGGGAGGAUGGGAAGAUCGGCUCCCUGGAUGACCCACUGGAAAAAUAUGUUGAAAACUUCACCAUCAAGAACCCUCUGGGGAAGACGAGGGACUCCGAGCUCAAGUAUGUCACAGAUGGUUUAAUAUUUCUUGACAGCGGGGAGGUUCAGAUCCGGUCCUCAUCAGUCACCCUGCGCAGGAUGGCCAGCCAGCUCUCAGGUACACGGAAGGAUUACAACCUGCAACUUUUUAAUUCAAACGCCAUGAUGGGAUACGAGGAUUUAAGAUCUAAUCUGAUACAGUUUCCCUUAGGUCAUAAAUCUGCAGAGCAUCUGAGGAUGUUUGCUUUGUCUGAAAAAAAAAAAAUUCAUUAGACAAACUUAAAAAGUAGGGCAGCAUUUACAGACUGAAGCCAUUUUUUUAGGUUAAGUCUAUUCUUGUGAAGAUAGAUAAGGACACAUCAGAUAUAAUCUGCCAUAUGAAAUAUUUAGAAGAUUUAUGCUAGGAUCUGCAUUUUUAUUUUGAUUUAAUGUAUUGAUUAGUUCGGUGACAUAGAAAUGUAUCCACAAAUAUUUUAGUAAUUGUCACCAGGGCUGUUGGACAAGAAGGGAAGGGGUUUGAAGUGUACAAGCCUAAAAAUAUGAAGUAAUGAAAGGCCGUUGAAGCAGGUAGGAGGUGAUUGUGUUUAAGGGAGGCUUAAGGCUGUGUCUGUGUUUGAUCCAGUCCAGGGGAGAGACAAGAGUGGCAGCUUUUAUAGUGGCUCAGACAUCAGGACCCAUUGAUCCCCAUCCCCAUGAGGCCAAAUGGACCGUCACACCUACUGGUUUGACUGAAGCAAGAGGGCUUUUACAAGAGUCACUAAAAGGGCUGUUUACCAAGUUUCUCCAAAAGUCAUUCAUAGUGCCUGUCCUAGGAAAGUCGUAGGAGAAUCAAAAAAGAAUAAUAAGAGUUGUGGGAGGGCAAUGGAGGGUGAAGAGAGCUGAAACACAGUUAAGAAAAGUCUGGAAACAGCUGAUUGAGAGUCAAAGAAGACCGAAGGGGGAGUCAAGAAGAGUGUAGGCAGGCCAAAAGAGAGCUGGAAGGGAGUCAAGAGAAUUGAAGGAAAGUGAAGAAGAGUUGAAAGGGCAAGAAAAGAAGAGUGAAGAAAAGAAAAGGACGGUCAAGGAGAGUGUAGGAGAGUCAGGAAGAAUUGAAGGAAAGCUAGAACAGUAAAGAAAAGCAUAGGAAGGUCAGGAAGAGAGUAGAAGAGUUGGAGAAAAUCCAAGAAGCUGCUAAGAGUUAAAUUAGCUGAAAAGAAGUGUUAAAGGAAUGUCUAGAAGUAUGUAGGAUAGCUGAGAAGAGUUUAAAGUGAGCGAGAAGAGCGUAAGAAAGCAAAUGAAGGUCAAAAAGAGCUGGAAGAGUGUAGUAGAAUUGAAGAAAAUCCAAGAAGCAUUUAAGAGAGCUAAAAAAGAGUGAAAGGAAUGUCUUGAAGAAUGAAGGAGAGUUAAGGGUGAGCAGAAGAAAGUCAAGAAGAGUGUUUGAAAGUUGUUGGAGAGCCAAAACCAAGUUGUAGAGGUGAAGUACAGUCAAAAACAGAGCACGAGUUUCAAAGCAGAGUCAAGUAGAGCAAAGGAGGGUUCAAGGAGCAUGUAGGAGAGUAAAAAGAGUGAAGAAGAGUCAAAAGACAGUUCAACAAGAUUUGUCCGACGGUUGAAAGAGAAUACAGGAGAAACAAAGGAAAAUUUGGGGGAGUUGAGGAAAAGUCAAGAAGCGUUUGAGGAGCAUGUAAGAGAGUUGACAGACAGCUUAAAGACAGUUGUAGCAGAGUCACCAGAGGGUCCAAGGAGAAUCAAAGAGAAUCAGAAGGGAGGAAGAGGAGAGGGGAGGAGGAGUCGAUGGUGAAGAGAGUAAAAACAGAGUCUUAAGAGAAAAAAGAGGAAAAGCAUUAGAUUUUGGGAGAGUUUGAGGGACAUCAAAGGAGCCUUUAGGGGAGUUGGAGGAGAGUCAUGAGAGAUGUGAGAGCGUUUCAAUGCCAUUCAACUUAAUGAGCGUUUUGGAGGACUUACAAUAACAAUGUUGCCAAAGAAUUCACAUAAUUACAAAUAAAAGAAGAGUGGAUGGGGAGUCAGAGAAUUGUCACCAAGAAUAACUGAAGGAGAGUUGGAGAGUUAAAGUGAUGUUGAGGGGAGAUGUUUUUGUUUUCGUUGGUGAUCUGUUUUCUCUGACAUCAAGGUAGUGUGUUUCAAAGCUCUGAGGCUUUAAAGGCAUAAUUCCUCACCUCAGGAAAUUGUAAUUUUGUGCUAAGAUGGAAAAAUACAUUGAUAAAAUGAACCACUGCUUGUGAAGGGUAAACAAGAUAUCAACCAUAAUGCCUGCCAUCACAAUCCAUUACUCUGGGUAACCAAUGAGAUCUGGUAAUCCUGCAAAAAGAUGAAAAGUUAAUCUCCUGGUUUGUAUCGAGAGAUUGAAAUGGAUAUGUGCAUUAAAGAUUUAUCAUCUGAGUUCAUCUCAAAUAAAAAUCCUGCCUGAGUUACAUUUGAAUAUUGAUGAAGCAAAAGAGUUGGUCAUGCAGAAACAAGCACCUGUUUAUUUGAUGAAGCUUUUCAUUUCUUUUUUUCUUGAGGAAUUAAUAGAAGAGAUGAGAGAGAUGCCUGAGGCGAGACAAUUCAUUAAUCUUAAAUUUCUCUCCCCGUCAUCAGCGAGCUGGAGGCUGAUCAGGAAAAUCAUAAUCAAGAGAGUCAGAACAUGUCUCGCGCUGAUUGAAAGAAAUGCAAAUCCUGGGACUGAAACUUAAUGUUUAUGCAGUUUGUCUUUGGCAAGAAAAAUAAACGUCUCUUACAUUAACACUGUGUGCAUAUAAUGUGUCUGUAGUGGUUUUUGUUGCAUUUGUAGUUGGAGUCUUAAUGCCACUCUGUGUUUCUGUGGCCUGACUCAGGUUUACCCAGGAGACUGAGAGCCACCAAUCUGCUGUGGAAAGGAAAAACACAAACUGCAAUCAAUCUGCUGCAGGAUGACGUCCUCGUGGCUGACCCAGGCACCAAGUAAGACUAACUAUGUUUCUUCAUUAUUUAAACCCCCACCCUUUGAUGUCUAUAUUGAUGCCUUUUUAUGAUAGCCGAAAGUAAACAGGAUCAGCAACAUGAAAGAUGAUCUAUAUAUUGACUGAAAUCUGUGUGAAUCAGAUGGAAUCAGCUAAGCAGCUUCCACAUAAAAUAUUCACAACAAACAACAUUUGACUGUCAAAAGUUAUUAGGGUGAAGUUCUCUAGCCAGAAGACACUAAUAUUGCAUGUAGAGGACAAAACAAGCAAAGACUGGUUUGUUCACAAGAGGCACCAACAAAAAUUCGUCAGUCAUAGCACAGGGGUACGGAUAUUAUUCUGUGAUCAUAAACUGACUGUGAUGAAAAACAGACCCAUUCAUGAAAUUUUGUUGAGAAUUUUACAGAAAGGCAUAGCGCAUGUUUACCUAGGUACAUGCCCUUGUAAAAAGUGUCUGGUGACGUCCCUGGCAUAGAGUGGUAUUCACCAUUCCUUUAAACACGGGGGAGAAGGUUAAUGCACCUAACUCCAAAACUACAUUUUUUUUCUGCAAAAUAGAGCUGCAGCACGUUUUCUCCAAACUUUGGGGUUAACGAAAAUGGAUUAAGACACUCUCUCCUCACUUUUCCUCCAGAUGUCACUACAGUAACUUGGCCUUCUCUCUGCUGGCUCACGUGAUGGCUGAGCGAAUCGCCUCUGUCGACUACCAGCGGUGGAUCACAGACAACAUCCUGGACCGGCUGGGCAUGGAGGACACCAGCUUUGACAUCACUCCAGGGCUGCAGACCCAGAUGGCUGUGGGAGUUUACUCUAAUGGGAAACCAGCCCCACUUUAUGACCUGGGCUGGUACCGGCCUUCAGGUCAGAUGUACUCCACGGCAGCUGACCUCGCCAAGCUUGCUAUGAUGCUUCUGGGCGCCUACCAUCGCAAGCUGCUGGAGCCAGACUCUUUGAAGAUUAUGCUCAUGCCAGUCUUCAAGUGUGAUAAGGAUUACUUUGCAAACCGUACUGGGACACCGUGGGAGGUGAAUGAGCUGCUGGGGUAUGAAAUGGUGCGCAAAGAUGGUGAUCUAGAUGGAUACUCUGCUACGUUCUCCCUCGUACCGAGACUGAAGCUCGGCCUGGUGGUGCUAAUGGCUGGUAGCCGAUCCCAAAACCAGGAUGUGAUCACCAAAGCCUACAGCUACAUCAUCCCAGCUAUAGAGAAGGCCUUCAGGGAGGCUAAAAAGGUCCUCUCUCCACCUCCAAACCCUGAGCCCUACGUUGGCUUUUACACCUACAGCAACAUCACCUUCUAUGAGAUUAAAGCUGGGCAGGACGGAGUCCUGAUCAUGCAGCAGUUUGGGCCUCAAAUCGAGGAGCUGAUCCCCGAAAAGUUCAGGACAAUAAAGCUCAACUUCCUAGUGGAGCGAGUGUUCAGAGUCGUGUUUGAAAAGGAAUACCCGUGUGUUUUGAGAGUUGGCACAGCAUCAGUAUCUCUAGAGGCGCAAGAUGGACAACUAUUUAACUUCUACACAUUUAAUAAGCGAGGUUUGUCCCCUGGAUUUGACGCACCAGGACUGAACACAUACAAUGUUGUCAGAAUUGCCCGCAAGCCAACUUUCUCAAGCUGA